UCAGUCUGGUAGAGACUAGGUCUACAUGACCCUUUCCGUGAGGGGCGGGGAGCUACAUAUAUUCGCAUUCGUAGCUGCCCCAAUGUUAUGCCAACGUUAAGUGUUGUCGGUAAAUUAUCUAGUAAGGCUUACAUUAAGUGCAACAGUAGUGUGUCUUAAGAAAUGCAUUUGUUGAAGUCCGAUAUGUAUUUAAACAUUUGAGAGGUCGGAUUUCAUUAACCCGCGUAGGUUAUCACUCGACCAAAACAGAGAGGGUACACGGUACACACCCAUCUCGUAUAUCGCUGGUUCUUGGCAACAAAACAAAAGAGUAACACAAAGUAAUCCAGCGUAUGUUUGGUUACCAACUUCGAAUACCCACUGGAGGAAUCGUCACUGGGGUCAUUCCGGUCAGGUGGAAGUGAAAGACACGGAACUGUGGUAUAAGGUGGCGCCAUGUUAGCAGACGUUUUCGACGGUUUCGGGCACGGAUUUCAUGCAGGACUGGGGAGGUUUCGACAAGGUGUGUACAAUACCUAUACCUUGACUAUGUGAACCAAAGGCAUCGGUGAACGGCGAUCAGUAUUCUAUUGCACAAAAUGGAUAAAAAGGGUUUGUUCUUGUUCAUUCUGGUCUCCUGUACAUGUAUCGCCAUUUACGCCUUACUCGGGAGGGUCUCCCUGACUGUGGUGAUGACAACAGCAGAAAAGAGCAAGCCCGGCAUGCAUUUCGUGUACCUCGGGACAGGCGAGACGGAGGGCGCCACAGACGACACCAGGGCCACCCUCUCCUGCCGUCUGAAGAACAAGGUCCCGUUUUCAACCAUUACUAGGACGUUGGAGGCCUUUCAAGGACGUCCUGCAGUCAGAAACGUCUUUCCAAAACAGAGUUUGGAGAACAUGGUACACUACAACUCGUGUGCGGUCGUCAGCAGCAGCCAUGCCAUGAAAUUCCACAAGUACGGAACGAAAAUAGAUGCACAUGACGCCGUAUUGAGGUUCAACUGCGCACCGACGAAGAACUACACCGUGAACGUGGGCAGGCGCACGGACUUACGUUUGAUCAACACGGUUAUCCCCUACUCAAAUUGUCAACGGGAGUUCUGGGACAAGCGCAUCAAAAUGUUCAACAACGAGAUUGUCGUAGUCCGCAACUAUUUAAACGUUCGGGUCAAUAAAAACAACAAACUGGAUCUAAGACUGGACGCGCACCACAGUUUUGAAAAUUAUAUCAGAUACAGAAGGAGGUUUCCAAACAGGGCUAUGCACUUCUUUCAAAGACCCAACUUCGGUUGGGAUAUAAAGAACGAACUCAAGCACUUUUGCAACGGCAUGACCAACUGUAAGACGACGGAGUUCGAGAAGAGUCCGAGCACAGGAGCACACGGAGUCGUGAUGAUGCUGCACCUGUGUGACUGGGUCUACACGUACGAGUUCAUCCCUUCUGCAGUAGACAGGAACACCACCCUGGCUCACUACUUUGACGAAGACUUGAAGUUUACCGGGCGUUAUCACUCCUACAACACGGAGAGAGACUACUGGAGGGUGCUGACUGUGACGCCGUUGGAGGAGGUGGAGAAGACUGGGGUGGCAGUCUUCAGGGGAUUGUCUCAGUAUAACUGUACAUAGCCUCACAGGAGGUUAUGUGAUGGUUUAUUUUUUAGCACGAUUCUGACGUUUUUGUGCUCGUUUACCACGUUCUGUCAACCGGCGGUAAAUUUUCCACAUGAUCUUUCGGUUGGAAUGACGGUGUCCACAGGCCGAAAAAGUGUAGCAAUGAAAACUGCGGCAUUGCAAUGGGGACGGAGUUACGGUUUAUAUGUAUUAAACUGUACAUUUUCUG